AUGGGCUCCAUGAUCACAAGCGACGUCACCAACCAGGGCAACCCCAAGGAUGGGAUCCCGUGGUACCUCGACACGCUGGAAAACAUCCCUCCCCUGGCCCAGCGUGUCCUCGUGGAGCACGGCGGCCUCAAGCCAGAAGAAGUCCGGGACCACAUCAUGAAGAUUCGCGAAAAGGCAUGGACCUCAUCGCCUUACCCCUGCGUCGGCCUCUUCCGCUUCCUCGACUACUCGCUGCCCGACUCGCCCCUGUACGACGAGGUGCUGCAGCGCCUCAAGGGCGGCAAUGAGAAGCUCCUCGACUUUGGCUGCUGCUUCGGACACGACCUGCGCGCGCUCGUCGCCGACGGCGUGCCGGCCGAGAACCUCUGCGGCGCGGAGCUCAACGCCACGUUCCUGGACCUCGGGUUCGAGCUCUUCCGCGACAAGGACCGCAUCAAGACGCCCUUCUACACCGCCAAUGUCUUUGACGAGGACGACGCGCUGCGCAAAGAGCGCGCCGACGCGUUCGACAUUAUCCAUCUCGGCUCGUUUCUGCACUUGUUUGACUACGAGGGCCAGAAGCGCGCCGCCACGGCGCUGCUCAAGCUGCUGAAGCGCCAGCCCGGGUCGCUCAUCCUCGGGCGCCAGCACGGCGCCACAAAGGCCAAGGAGGUGCAGAACUACCUGUACAAGCCGACCAAGGAGAGCGCGAGCAACGGCCGGCUGCCGACCUUCUUCAACCACGACGCCGAGAGCUUCCGCCGGAUGUGGGACGAGAUUGGCGAGAAGACGGGCUUGCGGUUUGACGUUGGCACCGAGUGGGGGACUUGGGGAUCUGCCAACGGCAUGGACCCCGCGUACUAUAAGCUCUGGUCUUGGGAGGACAAGGACACGCUGCGCUUCAAGUUUUGGGUGCGCGUGCUGUGA